AGUGGUUUGUGAUCGGUGUCUUGUGAACUUGAAUAAAUAGGAUGAUACAUAGGACAUGCACAGACAAGCGGACGGGAUUCAACUGAACCAAAGACGUGAACUGAUCCGAUGGAUUGAUGACCUGAAGUGGGGGCUUCGGGAAAUUGAUCAGUAUGACCGGUCCAGUACAGGAUUCACACAGGCUGUCUGUGAAAACAUGGACAGAGGAGGAGAGUGGUGACCGAGCUGACAGCACACUCAGCAGAGGACAGUCGAUGUGUGAUGACACUUCUUCAGAGCUACAGAGAAUGGCGGCCAUUGACAGGAGAGACGUUAACUCCCAGAAUUCUGUUCGCGGGCGAGGCGCUCUCUCCAGGAUAGUUAGUAUGGUGAUGACUCUGAGAGAAUGGGCUCAGAAGAGUUUGGCUGACGAGACAGAGCGACCGGAUUCCUUCCUGGAGCGCUUCAGAGGCCCCGCCCACAUGGACACGCAGGGCCCGCCCAGCAGAUUCAGCCACAGUCACGCUGGCUCUGAUGCAGAUGGUGAGAACAGACGAACCAGACGCAGGAGGAGGAAGUGUAAUAUCCUGGUCUUAUCCCCAUCUGACGAUGCAUACUACCACUGGCUGAUGGUGAUUGGUGCUGCAGUUUUUUACAACUGGACCAUGUUAGUUGUCAGGGCCUGUUUUGAUGAGCUGCAGAUGAGGAACGUGUUAGUGUGGCUGGUGCUGGACUACGUCUGUGAUGGAGUCUACAUCCUGGAUAUUGCUGUUCGCCUCCAUACGGGUUUCUUGGAUCAAGGCUUGAUGGUGAAAGACGUGCGCCGCCUGAGGGAGGCCUACGUCCGCGCCUCGCAGUGUAAACUUGACAUCUGCUCCAUCCUUCCAACUGACCUCCUGUAUCUGACGGUUGGAAUCGGCUACACUCCUCUCCUCCGAUUCAACCGCCUACUGCGCCUGCCACGUCUCUUUGAGUUGUUUGAGCGUACAGAAACCCGAACGGGCUACCCCAACGCUUUCCGCAUCUGUAAACUGGUCCUGUACAUCCUGGUGAUUAUCCACUGGAAUGCCUGUGGAUACUACAGCUUCUCCAAGGUCCUGGGCCUGGGCACUGAUUCUUGGGUUUAUCCCAAUGGCUCAGACCCAGAGUUUGGCUCCCUGAGCAGGAGUUACAUAUACUGUCUGUACUGGUCAACCCUCACACUGACCACCAUUGGAGAGACACCACCUCCUGUUAGAGAUGAGGAAUAUCUGUUCUUGAUAUUUGACUUUCUGAUUGGUGUCCUGAUUUUCGCCUCCAUUGUGGGAAAUGUUGGAUCCAUGAUCUCCAACAUGAACGCGACGAGGGCAACCUUUCAGGGCCGCGUAGAUUCACUGAAGCACUACAUGCACUUCAGGCAUGUCAGCAAGGGGCUCGAGCAACGCGUCAUUCACUGGUUCGACUACCUCUGGACCAAUCAGAAGACAAUAGAUGAACAGGAAGUGCUGAGGAGCCUGCCCAAUAAACUGCGAGCAGAGAUUGCUAUCAAUGUUCACCUGGACACACUGAAGAAGGUGCGUAUUUUCCAGGACUGUGAGGCAAGCCUCCUGGUGGAGUUGGUGUUAAAACUUCGACCACAGGUUUUCAGUCCUGGAGACUUCAUAUGUAGGAAGGGAGAUGUGGGUAAGGAGAUGUACAUAAUCAAAGAUGGCCACCUAGCAGUGGUGGGGGAGGAUGGAGUCACCCAGUUAGCUGUUCUGACUGCGGGGAGCAGCUUCGGUGAAAUCAGCAUCCUGAACAUCAGCGGCAGCAAGAUGGGGAACAGACGGACAGCUAACAUUCAGAGUCUGGGUUACUCGGACUUGUUCUGCCUUUCCAAACAAGACCUGACGGAGGCACUUCAAGAGUUCCCCCACGCCAGGGCCCAGCUGGAGCAGAGGGGGCGGGACAUCCUGCGGAAGGAGGGGCUUCUGGAGGAAGUGAACGUGUCCGAGGGGGAGGAGCUCGAGGAGAAAGUGGAGCGGCUGGAGACCAGUGUGGAUCGUCUGCAGACGUGCCUGGCUCGCCUGCAGAGCGAGUUCAACUCCUCUCAGCUGCGCAUGAAGCAGCGGAUCACAGCCGUCGAACACAACGUGGCCACAGUCGCCCGAGGCAGCGGCUUCCUGUCAGACCCCGACGGCGACGAGAGCGCCUCUGGCGGCGAGGGUGUGCGCAGUGAAAUCAACAUCCGGCUCUGAUGGACACGCGCAAAUGUCGCACGGCCAAAACACCAAAACGUGGUUUUACUUUUCACUCAUCCAUAGAAUGAGUUUGAUCGAAUUUGUGUGUCGUCGACCGACAGUGACCAGUAUUUUCUUUUGAAGCUGUUUUAAAAACUUUUGGCCUUUCAUAGCAUAUUUCAUGACUAAGAUGAAGGUCAAAGUACUUAAAAAAAUCAUUCCAUCCAGAUAUCAAAAACAAAUUCAAGUGUUUGUUUCAAUUUGAAAGAAAAGAAAUGUACAGUAACACAGUAAAGGAUUACUAAUAAUAAGGCUCUGGAAAUGCACCAAUUCCUUGUAUAUAAAUUGACUAAUACUCAACUUCUGGCACUAUUUAUUAGAGCUAUAUGGUUGAGGCCAUGUUCUUGGGCCACAACCAGAUAAGAGAUUGCAACAUGACUGGUUGUACGCUCUUCUUCGUCUUUUUUAAUGGGGGUUGUCAACCAGCGUAAACAGGCGCAUUAUCUGCACCUUUUGCCCCGGUGCGUUCCCUUUCCUCUCACAGAUAUUAAAAUGUAGUGGAAAAGCGACAGAAGAGAGAUGGAUGUAGUGGUUAUUUGAUUGAUCGUAGUAAUCACAAUAUAUUGUUCGUUUCGGUAGGUUCGAAAAAAGUUGUUAUUUGAUGUUAACAACCACAACCCUGACCCUAACCAAAUGAAACGCGGCAUUUAAAAGCUUUAAAAGUGCAAACAUCAAAGAAAAUAUGUUAUGUUAUGUCGUUGCCCGCCACCUUUGGAAUUCCAGGAGACGUGACAAUACGCACGCGCAAGCGGUGAACCAAUGAACGAGCUCACUCUCACCGUGUUCUCCGCCUCAGACAUACCUCCGUUGAUAGAUUAAAAAAAUGAAUUGACUUAAAGCUACAGUGUGUAAUAUUUAGAAGAACUUUCUUACAGAAAUUGAAUAUAUUGUCCAUAACUAUAUGUUCAUAUAUGUAUAAUCAUCUGCAACAAAGAACCAAUGUUUUUUCGUCAACUUUGAAUGAGUUAAAUAUAGUGACAUGAGGUGGACCCGACUUCUGUCUGAGUCGCCAUGUUUGCUACGUCGCGUUUGGUUGUCGUACUGACUACUGAUGAUGAUAACCUGUACUGUACCUUCUGAAGGGAAAGCGUUGGUGUAAUGAUUUUUAAAAAAUGUGUUUUUUGUCUCUGAAGAACUCUCAUCGCUUUGAAAAUGUGUCAAAAUCUCUUGACCUCAUUAAAUAUGGACAGCUCUAUCAUUGAAACACUAUUCAAAACUGUGUCAAGCCCACUGCAUGAGCAUGAUAAAUGCUUCAAACACAACUGCUCCCUCACUGUGAACUAUGCGACAUCACGCUGUACUGCAAUCGGGACAUAUUUUAUCACGUCUACACAUUUUGAGCGUUACGUGUGUCAUAUAACCGGAGUUGGGACAAAACGUCUCUGCACAAUGUCAGUCGGUAGAGACUCAAUGGUGUGAAAUAAAGGCAAAAGCAUUCUGAUAGCAAAAUUAAUAAAGAAAUGUACGUGUUAUUCAUAUGCCACUGUGCGAUGCCAAUCCGUUGCACAAGGCCGCUGACUUCAGGGCCUCCCGGCAUAAAGGCAGAAAGUUAAGGCAACAACACUACUUGGUUAUGUUCAUGAAAGGUUCGUGGUGUGGAUUCCAAUAGAGCCUGAUCCAUGUGCAGUGGCUUCCUGACAGAAAGCCCUGAUGAAUGCAGACUCCUCCUGUGUUUCUGUGUGAAUAACCUUGUCAGACAUGUGGCAUGUCAGCAAGUGGCCCGGGGCCAAAGUCCAACAUCGCGCAGCCUGUGAUUUCAGGAAGUGACUUUGAAAGGAUCUCCUGGAGACUGUGAGAAGCCACCUGUAUGAAAAGAGAUGGAGAUCACACACUGUGUGUUGCUGUGUGUGACGCUGGCAGCCAGCGUGACACCGGUGUCUGCCGCGGCGCAGCCAGGUAUCAUAGAAAGCCUGCUAUUGGCCGCCCACCAGCGUCCCUGGCUCUGGGGUAUCUACGUGUUCACUGUGGGACUUCCCAUGAUUCUCUUCAUCAGCUUCAUGUGGCCUGACAAGCGGUUCGGGCCUCCUGAUCAACAGUAUUACUACAAGAAGUCUGAUGAUGCUCAACCGGAUGAUCCAGAGCUGUCACAGUGGAAGGAGCCAUUACAAACCAAAGGAACGGCAGGUGAAACUGUGGCCAGGAGGAGGGACGCUCAGGGCAACCAGAGGACGUCAGACUCAGUCUCCUGAAGGAGAAGAAGCCCCGCCAGCUCACAUAAGGAUGCUGACUAAUCUUAUCUCUGGCCAAUCACAAUCAUGCUGUGAUGACGAUGGAUGCAACCAAACCAAAUUUUGAUAAACUACCAUAAAGAUAUCAUACAACAAACAUAUUAAAUAUAUUGCGUCAUUGCAACUCACUUUGACACCAAA